AUGAAAGCUGAUUACGGAGAGCAUGACGCUAUUCUGAUCGCUCGUUGCAUGAUGCAGAUCAAGGCCAAGUUUGAUACUGAUGAAGUUGCUGGUGACCCUGGAUUCCUCCAAGCCAACGACGGCUCUCGCUCCAUCAAAGAAGAACUUGUCCGACGUGCUGCCCAUACUGGUGCUGUGUUCCGUCGCAACAACCAGAAAUUUUGGGUUAUGCUCCAUGCAGUCACACAUGAAACCGAUGCCUACAAUCAUGUUGGUGAAUUUGCUCCAACUUUGAAUGGCCGCGCUGCUUACUUCACUCUGUUUGCACAAUAUCGUGGAAGGGGACAUUUCACAAAUGAGCACCAAGCUGCUGUCCGUGUCCUUGCAACACUUCACUGGAACGGUAAAGCUCGAGGCUUCACAUGGCAUACUUUUAUCAGUCGCCUUAUUGGAGCCUUCAACGACCUCAAGUUGAAAGGUGAUCCACGCUCUAAUGCAAAUAAGGUUGAGGUACUUCUCGAGAAAACUGUUGGAGAUUCCUCACUCUCUAAUGGAAGAUCACACAUUACAGGAGAUGCUGUUCUCCAAUCCAAUUCACAAGGUGCCAUCGAUUAUUUAACAACACAAGUCUUACAGUCCCAAUCAAAAUCAGACCGGAUGUCGUGGAAAAUCCGUAGCCGUGGUACAAAACGUGACGUUCGAUUGAGUCGGAAAGUAAAUUUGAUUUAUUCGCGAUUCAACUGUCAAAUGACCAAAAUUCUGAAAUAA